CUUUCCCCUUCAUAGCUCCCACUCUCUCUCUCUCUCUCUCUCUCUCUCUCUCUCUGCUGUCAUUCAAGAAAGAGAAAACCUAAAAAAAUCUCAAAGAGAAAGAAAGAUAUAUAGCAACAAAGCAAAGCAAAGCUGUAUAUAUGUAUUGUAGUUAUACAUACAUGUAUGUAGUAGUCCUAGCUAAAGCUAUCUAGCUAAGCUUCCCACCCCCCCCCCCCACCCCCCACCGGUCAACCCAGAUCGAGAUCCUCCAUUGAAUUGAAGCUAAGAAGUUUUGUCUAUCAUGGAAGCUGAAAAUAAUGGCGGCCGCCUCAACUUUCCACUACAAUUGCUAGAGAAAACAGAAGAUAUGUCCACUGCCAUUAUUCCUGCUCCACAGGUAGUGAACCAAUUGCAGGAUUUGAGCAAGAAAGCUCCGGCGAAGAGGGCCUCCACGAAGGACCGGCACACGAAGGUGGACGGGCGGGGCCGCCGGAUACGCAUGCCGGCCACCGCCGCCGCUAGGGUUUUCCAGCUCACCAAGGAGCUGGGCCACAAGUCCGACGGCGAAACCAUCGAGUGGCUGCUCCAGCAAGCCGAGCCCUCCGUGAUCGCCGCCACCGGCACCGGCACCAUCCCCGCCAACUUCACCUCUCUCAACAUCUCCGUCCGGAGCUCCGGCUCCACCAUGUCCGCUUCCUCUCAUCUACGAAACAUCAACAGCUACUUCCAUGGCUACUCCCAGCUGCGCCUCAUGGAGGAGUCGCAGCGGCGGAUUAUGCUCGGCCUCUCGUCGGAAUAUUCCCCCGCCGCCGCCGCCGCCGCGUUGGCGUUGAAUUUCGGCUAUGGCAAUCACAGUAGCAGCGAUGAAGUGAACGUCGCCACCAUGUUACAAGCCAAGCAAGAGGCGGCCGCCGGGGAUCGCCACCACACGCCGGCGUUACACAACUACAUGUCCGGCCCCGGAAGCUACAUGCUGCAAUCGAGCUCCGGCUGCAUUCCGGCCAGCCAGGGACAAAUUCCGGCCACCACAACGUUGUACAGAAUGGGAAAUAAUCAUCCUAGUACUAGCGGCCACGACCCGUGUUUGUGGGCUAAUAAUGCCCAUGCCACCAAUCCUAAUAACGGCGGCGGACUGCAUUUGAUGAACUUCCCGACGCCGGUGGUGGCAGUUAGCAACGCCGGCGGCACGGUGGCGGAAGGCCAGCCCACCGGCAUGUUCGCCGCCACACUAAAUGGUUUUAGGUCAUCAAUGGAUGAUAGCCGGUAAGAUAGGAACCAAAAACUCCACAUUCCUUUCCUUUCUAAGUAAUUAAUAAUUAUAUAUAAUCAAAUCAAUCACAAAACAAUAUAAUAAUAAUAAUAAUAAUGUAUGGCUUGUUAAUUACUUGUUAGUUUGCUUAAAUUUCCUUUUAAUUUCAUAAUAUAUAAUAAUAUACAGUUAUUAGUGUUA